AAAUCAUGUAUUGUAUCUUUUGCAUUUAACAUGUGGGCCAUCUCAUCCAAAUACGGCAACCACCUAUAUUAAUGUAGCAAUGAUGGAAGAAGGGUUAGGAAAUGUUCAUGUUGCUCUUCGAUAUCUCCACGAGGCCGUCAAGUGCAACCAAAGACUACUUGGAGCUGAUCAUAUACAGACUGCUGCCAGCUACCAUGCCAUUGGUAUUGCUCUCUCCUUGAUGGAAGCCUACUCCUUAAGUGUUCAACAUGAUCAAACUACACUACAAAUAUUGCAGGCAAAACUAGGAUCUGAGGACCUACGUACACAGGAUGCGGCUGCAUGGCUCGAGUACUUUGAGUCUAAGGCUUUAGAGCAGAAAGAGGUCGCACGGAACGGUACUCCAAAGCCUCAUGCAUCAAUCUCCAGAAAAGGCCAUUUAAGUGUAUCAGACCUUUUGGAUUAUAUAACCCCAGACUCAGAUAUGAGAGCAAGAGAUGCCCAAAAGAAAGCUCGUGCAAAGAUUAGGGGCAAACCAGGCCAAAAUUGGGAGACAACCUCAGAUGAAUAUCAGAACGAUGAGGUUCCUUCACCGACUUCUCCUGCUAUGGAGAAUUCUAGUGAUAAAGAAAACAAAUCUGAAGCUGAGUUCGUGGAAUCCGGUAACGAGAAAGCUGAUUCACUGCAAGCAGAUAAGCUUGUGUUGGUUAAAAAUGUUGAUCAAGAACAGGAUGACAUAUCAGAUGAAGGAUGGCAAGAGGCUGUUCCUAAAGGUCGUUCACCUGCAGCUCGUAAAUCUUCUUCUUCUUCAAGGAGGCCAAGUUUAGCCAAACUGAAUACGAACUUAAUGAAUGUGUCGCAAUCCUCAAGAUACCGGGGAAAAUCUAAUAAUUUUACAUCUCCAAGAACAAGCCCCAAUGAGCCUAAGCUUCAGGUGGACCUAGUCCUUCAUCUUCGAAAAAGUUCUUUAAAAGUUCAAGCUUCAGUCCACAAAGCAGUGGCAGAGCAGUUGCCGAAAGGAAAUCCUCUUCCUGAUCAAAAUGCUCAGGCAAGCCAGGAGACAGCAUCAGAUGCCACACCACCGAAGGAGUCAAAUACUGCUAGUUCAAAAAUCAAAGCAUCGGAUACUGGAGAUAAAUGCCAAGUUAUAUGGUCCAACUUAGAACCUUCGGUUGUUGUAAAUGAAAAUGCAGCUCAAUUACCAGCGAACGAGGCCUCUAAUCCCUCAGGAAAAGUGUUUGAUGAAGAUCCACAAGAGCUACCAGUUGAAGAUAGUGUUAAGCAGUUUCUAGUUGAAGGCGAAAAGUCGGAUGAAGCAGAGAUUGGUAAAGAGACUAAAAAGAAACUUUUUGCAGCUGCACCCCCAUUUAAUCCAUCAACAAUUCCAGUUUUUAGCUCAGUUACAGUUCCUGGUUUCAGGGAUCCCGGAGGACUCCUGCUCCCUCCAGUGCAUAUACCUCCAAUGCUUCAACUUCAAGUUAACUCUGGCCGUAGAUCACCUCAUCAAUCUGCAACGGCUCGAGUUCCAUAUGGACCUAGGCUCUCUGGAGGCUUUAACAGAUCCGGAAAUCGUUUUCCACGAAACAAAUCUAGCUACCACAGCAGUGAACCUUCUGGAGAAGGGAACCUGUACAGUCCUCCGAGAAUAAUGAACCUACAUGCAGCUGAAUUUGUAUCUGGACAACCUUGGUUGGUUCCUAAUGGUUACCCUGUCUCUCCAAAUAGUAUGCCAAUUUCGCCAAAUGAUUAUCCCGUGCUCCCAAUGACGCUAAAUGGUGUUUCCGUGACUCAAAAUGGAUACCUCACAACCCCUAUAGAAACAGCAGAAUCACCAGCUGUUGUAACUGAUGACAUUGGAGCUGAAAACAAAAGUGAAGCAGUACCAGUGGAGCAGACUCCAGAGAUUUCCUCCACAGAAGUCAUAGGUGAAAACCAUUCAAGCGAGCAGAAACCAUCGAAAGAUCAAUCUUUUGACAAUGAAAACAAGCUUCCUGAAAAUGAAGGAAAGCUUACAGAUGUGGUUCCUUUGACCGGUAGUGUUACUUCAGGAAAAGAAGCUUACAGUGAAAUACAAGUUGAUGCGACAUUAGGCAAAUGCUGGGGAGAUUACAUCGAUGGUGAAGCCGAGAUUCUUGAGGUUACCGGUGAUGGUUACAGCGAGCUGCGGCAGCACCACGAGCGACCCGGGAACAAUGAAAUGCAAGAAAAAACUGAUGCUCGUGCACUGCAGUUUCAAAUGCAUCAGGUUUCCACUGCUCUGGCAUUCAAAGUUUAA